GUAUGACCCCACUUUACAGCACCGUCUUCAAACGGUCACAAACUACAUCUCCCAUGAUUCCAUUCACAAGAAGUAAACACGAAGAAGCGGUGUCCCAAAGUGAGGCAUUGACAGCAACGCACAACACUGAAGAGGAAGCCAAGUGAACAUUUAUAGCACCACUCCUAUUGAACACAAACCAUUCAAAAGAGAGAAGAUGCCAUACCACUGUGUGGCCUACGGUUGCAGUAGGACAGCUGAGGAUGGGGUCACUCUUUACCGGUUCCCCAAGGACCCCGAAGAGGCCCGCAAAUGGGAGAAGCAGGUCCAGCGCACCCGUAGCAACUGGGUCGCCUCGCCCACCUCUCAUCUGUGCAGCGAACACUUUGGGAAGGAGUACUUUGAGCCCAAGCAACCCUUUCCCGUUCUGAAGGCUCUGGCAGCUAAAGGCUCACUAAAGCUGAAGCCAGGGGCAGUCCCUACUGUGUUCAUCCGACCCCCUUGCUCCACGUGUGAGGGUGGGGGCUGCAGCUCUUGUCUCCCCAGGUCCCAGAGGAAGGGCAUCCCUGUUAUUCCAAGGGAAUGUGACAUGCUUGAAGGGGCUCCAGUGUCUUUUGAAGAUGUAGAAGGAGAGGAGGAUGAUAAUGAAGAAGAGGAUGAGGAUGAAGAGGAGGAGAUGUAUGAGUCCGGUGGAGAAGUGGGUAACCCGGCUAGGGACGAUGAACCAGCGGUGUGUGAGAUGUGUGGCGUCAGCGGCAUUAGAGGCACCUUCUACUCCAGGACCAAGCGUUUCUGCAACGUCUCCUGCUCACGCUCCUACUCCUCCAACUCCAAGAAGACAUCCAUCCUGGCUCGGCUACAGGGAAAACCUCCUACUAAGAAGGCUACAGUGCUGAUAAAGACACCCUGGUCCACACCUGCAGGACCUCAGGACAUUGCCCCACCUGGACAGGAUGGUGAGACAUGCACACAUAUGUUGAAACACGCUCAUUCCCACGCUGCAGUGCCACACUCACACCCUCGUGGUCUAUGCCUUCCUCCUGCAGGUUUUGACUGGGGUUCAUACUUGGAGAAGAAAGGUUGCCUGGCUGCCUCUGUGUCCUGCUUCAGACAUGUGCCUCUGUGUGUUCAGUGGGAUGACAUUUCCGUGGGUUUGAAGGUGGAAGUUCUGAAUACCAAUGCGGUUCUGCCCAGCAAGGUCUACUGGAUUGCCACCAUCAUUCAGCUGGCAGGCUACAAGGCUCUGUUGAGGUAUGAGGGCUUUGAGGAGGACAGCAGGCAUGACUUCUGGUGCAGCCUGGGAUCUGGAGACAUGCAUCCCAUAGGCUGGUGUGCCAUGACGGGCAAGCUGCUGGUACCUCCGCAGGGGCUGCAGCAGAACAUUCCUGACUGGAAAGAGUAUUUGAUGAAGAGGCUGGUAGGAGCCAACACUCUGCCUGUGGAUUUCUACCUCAAGUUGGCAGAAAGUCUGAGGUACUCGUUCCGUGCGGGCAUGCGCGUGGAGGUGGUGGACCGCACCAUGGUGAGCCGGACGCGGCUGGCGGUGAUCGACUCUGUGUUGGGGGGCCGCCUGAGGCUGGUCUACGAAGACGGGGGGAAGGAGGACCCUGCAGAGCCCCUCUCCGAGUUCUGGUGCCACAUGUGGAGCCCUCUGCUGCACCCAGUGGGCUGGUCCUACAAAGUGGGUCACACCAUCAAGAGCACAGUCACAGAGGUUGGCAAUCCAGUGCUCCGUAAGGCCUACUAUGACAGCAGUCCCAUGCUCUUCAAGAAGCCCAGGUGUGUGUACAUGGACGGAGGUUUCUUCGAGGUAGGAAUGAAACUGGAGGCCAUCGACCCUCUGAACCUGGGCAACAUCUGUGUGGCCACCAUCCAGAAGGUCCUGUUGGAUGGGUUCCUCAUGGUUGGCAUAGAUGGGAACCUAUCGGGGGAUGGUUCAGAUUGGUUCUGCUACCACGCCUCCUCCCAUGCCAUAUUGCCCAUGGACUUCUGCCAGAAAAACAACAUCCCCCUCACGUUACCACCAGGAUAUGACCAGAGGACAUGGACAUGGGUCAACUAUCUGGAGAAGACUGGGGCCAGAGCUGCACCUAGACACCUGUUUAAUGUUGACUGCCAAGGCCAUGGCUUUUCUCCCAACAUGAAGAUGGAGGCGGUGGACCUGAUGGAGCCACGCCUGGUGUGCGUUGCCACGGUGAGGCGCUGCGUGGGCCGCCUGCUUCUCAUCCACUUCGACGGCUGGGAGGAGGAGUUUGACCAAUGGGUGGACUUCCAGUCACCUGACAUCUACCCUGUAGGAUGGUGUGAGAUUAUUAGCUAUGAGCUGCAGCCUCCUAUUGGACCAGAUCCUCUUGAAACUCAGCCACGUGCCAAAAGACACAAGUUUAUGGGAAAGAAGAAGAAGAAGAUGGUGAAGAAGAAACUAGCCAACCUGAUCUCGAAGAACCGCCCUCCAGCCCGUCCUGGCCAGCAGACAGAACCUGAGCACCCCCAGCCAGGGCCCCCCCUGGACCAGAGCAGCCCCCCUGCCACUGCCCUCCUCCAGCCCAAGACAGAGCCUGAGGGACAGGAGAUCAUCGCAGUGCAAGUCAAGGUGGAGGAACUGGAGAUGGAGACACCCAUCGCUCCUCCCCCCUCGCUGACUGUCAUCAAGCAAGAGCAAGAAGUGGAGGAGCAGAGAGGGGACGAGGAGUUAAGCGAGGGGCAGAAAGAGAAAUAUCAGAGAAAGGUGGAGAAGAAGAACGCGGCUGAACAGAGGAAGGAGAGCAUGGACGAGGAGAGUACAGAGGAUCCCCAGGACCAGGAGGCCCAACAGGACAUCCAGCAGGACAUCCAGCAGGAGAGACAGCAGGAGAGCCAGCAGGAGAGCCAGCAGGAGCGGGUCGAACAUCAGGAAGAUGCUGCUGAGGAACACAUGGAACAGUGACUCCAGAGAAGUUAGCACUGUGGACUGAUGAUAACGUGUUGAACAUUCGCAACCUGGACCAGGAUGCCAGGACUUCUGGAAGCUCUGUCGGUUAAACCUUGUCGGUGAUAAUGUAUAAUCAGUAGAAACAGUGACUUUAAUAUUUUUCUGUAAACAGAUGUACUCAGACUACCUCAAACUCAGCCAGUCAGUUUUAGGUGUGAGACAAACCGAGAUCUGGAGAACUCAAAAGCUCAGACACGUCUGAGACACUUCUACCAGGACAUGGUUGCUCCUUACGCAUGGAUUGUAAAUGACACUCCUUCACACAUUUUCAUGUUGUGUUAUGGUUUAUUUCUUGGUUUUACAUUCUAGGUUUAGUUUCCAUACUCUUACUGUUGUGUAUAUGUACAAUUGUGGAAUAAAAUAUGUAGCAGA